AUGUUAGCAACAACAGCACCAAACUCUUUAGUCAUGAACCCAACAUCUAUGUUAGUAGAGAUGAAAAGCUUCAUUCCUUCUUCAUAUACUUUCGAAACAGAAAUCCAGAAGAUAAAGCAGGAACUUUUAACAAGUAAUUUAGACUGUAGUGCGAAAGAUGAAACAAAUGAACAGUAUCUUUAUGAAAUGCAGGACCUGGUGGAACAUCUACCUAAACUUCCUGAAAUACAACAACAAAAGCUCACUAUUCCUGAAUUCGAUGAAAUUGAAGUCAAAGCAACUGACUCAGUAGAAAUAAAGAAGUUCAUACGUAAGGUAAACUAUGAGUUUCUUGGAUUUCAUUGCAACCACAAAGAUUGCGAUAUGGUAUAUUUCAUUGACAUAUAUAAAUCUGGGGAGUUUAAGACCUACGACAACUUUGUUUCGUUAGUUGCAAAAUGUGUAUGGCAGAUAAGAGAUAAAGAUAGAAGAGGUAAAGUAUGGAAUGAACAGAUAAAACCCGCAACUUUUGAGUUAAAGAAAACCAUUUACGCCUUAGUUGUUUUAGCAGGUAAGGUUUCAAUGUACAAUGCUAAAAUGAACCCACAAUGUUCAAAAUGUAAAGCAGCAAUGAAGAAAUAUAACUACUCCGUCAAAGAGAUAGAACGUAUGAGAAACGACUAUGCUGACUUAAAGAAAGAAGCAGAGAAA